AUGUCGGACCGUUGUGGGAACGGAGUAUUAUAUUAAACAAGUGAAAGGUAAAAUAAUGCGCGUGGUUAGCGUAUUGUAUUUUUCAUGCAAGAAUUUUCACAUGAAAUGUAAAAAUUAAUCGUUAUUUUAAAAAAAUCAGGGCGGGAAGUUGGCAGUUCGCGAAGCUUUUCUUAGUUGACCAUCGUUCGCUGCUGGAAAGACGGUGGUGAGCUGAGGCCGUGGUUCAUGAUGUGGGGAGAGAUUGACCCUCCUGUUAAAACACAACCAAACUUGUGUGAAACUGAAGACAAGAGCAGAACAGCCGAAGAAGUAGUAGUGCUGACCCGGAGAUGCGACCCCACCAGCUGCACAGUCACCCAGCGGACGGUGCAGGACACCCAAGAAUAUAACCUGACUGAGUCCAGCUGUGUGAACGCCAUGAUAGAGGCCAUAGCUGUGAGCGGGACUCAGGUGAAGAGCCAGCAGAUUGGAGAGGCCGAGCUGACCGUACAGGAACGCAGAGAAGAGUUGCUGCAUCAAUACCGCAGCAGACCGCUGGUGUUCCUGGAGAGGUACCAUGCUUGCCUGAAGCCGCAGCACCUGUCAGCAUUUGCUGAUGUCAGCUCAGACCCACGAGCGCAGCACUACAGCAAGGUGAUACAGAGGCGAGCUGCAGGAUGCACCGACAGGACUAGAGUCAGAAAUCAGCGCUAUGCUGCUCUCAGGGCUCUGCAGAAGGAGGGUCAGUAUUUCAGUGAAGAACAGAUGCGAAUGAGGGAGCCACUGCUGUAUGAACAGUAUAUUGGCCAGUACCUGACAGAUGAAGAGGUGCUGCAGCGCUCCCAGGAGGCCAUGCUGGAUGGUGCACAGGGGGGACCAGGGGAGCCAGGGCAAGGUACAGGAGGGCUCGCCCACCUCCUCCUCAACACCUACCAGGAGCGACUUAUCCAGAAUCGUCUGCAGGAGGAGCAGGAGAAAGAGGAUGGUGCCCUGGAAGAAGAAGAGGAUGAGGACGACUACGGUGAUGGAGUCCAGCAGAAGGAAUGCGAGCCCACCCCAGAGGAGAAGGCUCUUCUAAGGGAGGAGUUCAUCAGUCAGAUGCACCAGCGUUUCCUAGAUGGCAAAGACAAAGAUUUCAACUACAGUGAGGUGGAUGAGAAUCCUGACUAUGACAACUUGGACAUUGUCAACAGAGAUGCAGAGGAUAAAUAUUUUGAUGAUGAUGAUGAAGAAGAAGAAGAGGAGGAAGAAGAUAUGACAGAAUAGUAUCUGUUUUAUUAAGGACUGCUCUGACUGAGCUGUAAAUACAAAUGUACAAAAAGAGUUUCUAUUUUUUAAUGUGACACCUGAACACAAACAAAAGAUGUAAUGAAUGUGUUUUUGGGUCUUUGCAAAUUUGUAGAAAUAUGAGUUUCUUGUUCAAACUCACAGAAACAAAGAAGCUACUACAAACCCUAAGUAUGAUGUCAUUUUAAGGCCACUGUGUGUAUUUUUUUUCUUUUCAGCCUGUGGAUAUAAUAGGACUUUUUAGGCCAAAGGUAACACAGUGUCAUAACUUUUGCAUAAUGUACAGAUAAAAUGCAUCAAUAUUGUUUAUUCAAAUUUUGCAAGAAGGAAAUAUCAGAGUUAGUAAAGCAAUCAAAUAUCCAUAAACUAUAAACCCAAAUCCCUACUCAGCAUCAACAAUAUUAGAGAAAAACUGAGUAUAGCACAUCAAAAAAGUAUAGUGCAUAAAUGCAGCAGACUCCCACAACUUUAUAGUUUUCAGAAGUAAAUUCCACCUGAGAAACUUCCACAUGAGUGUAGAUCUGUGUACAUGAUGCAGCAGUCUUUUAGUGAAUUGUCUGCAAUGCAUGUCAGCUUCACAGAAGGAUGAAUUUUUGCUUUUUGAAUUCUUUUAUUUUCAAUGUGUAUAAUGUUGUCAUUUCAACACCCUCAGUUUGCAUUUUUAUUUUUUCCCUCUUCAGUUGAUCAAGAGGCACUGAAUCCAAAUCAGAAUUAGCUGAGGGGCCACUGCGACGAGGCCUCCGUUAUGUGUGAGGAAUUAAUGCCGUCAGAGGUUUGAGUUGUUCGGACGAGCUGUGGAAAAAAACAUGUCUUAAGAUUGUGUGAAUAAAUGAAGAAUCUUUGCCUGAAUAAUAUGACAGCUACACCUUACCUCAUGUCUGGCCUCACCACUUGUAACUCAGCUGCGUUUAUGGCCAGAGCAGGAGACCUCUGUAUUCCCACAGCCAGAGAUUCAAAGGAAGGCCCUGUAAAUUUAGAAAACAUUCAAAAAAAGGCCAAAAAAAAAAAAAAAGCUUUUGUUUUGUUUGUUUGUUGCCUGUAAGUUCUUUCUCACCAUCUCACUGUUUGGUUUCUGUGUUUGACGUCACAUCUCUGGUAUUUCCAGUGAUUUCAGGUCCUAAGUUUACAACUUCUCUUUCAUUUUCAGCCUCUUCUCUCUGUUCAUUUCUGUGCUCUGUUCCACUGGCAGUUCCUCAUCUUCAUCCUCAUCGUCAUUUGCAUUAGUUAAUAAAGUGGCUGGUUAGUUAUAUUGGUGAGUAAAUGAUUCAUUUGUUCUGAUCACAAAGAUUGUGCAAACCAGUAUUUGUUCAAACUACAGUCAUAUUUGUGGUGUGCCCAUAUGUGCUAAAUGCUGACAAUGAGAAACGCUCUUUAUUUUUACACAAGCAAACCAGUGUUGUGAAGAAUUUCACACACUGUUUUGAGCACUCCAGUUGUCAUUUGAGAACUAAAGCAAAGCAACUAAUUUCUCAUUUAAUACAAUGAGAGGUUCAAAGGCAGGCCCUGUAAACUUAGUAGAAAACAUAUGUUGAAAUUUGAUUUUUUUUCUCUCUCUUCUAGAAAAAAAAAUAGGCAAAAAAAAAAGCUGAAAUGCAGUGUUUUUUAGUUUUUGAACAACUCACUUGUUUCCUUUUCCGAUUUCUCCUGAACAUUUUGUUGUUUGAUGGCUGUGUUUGUUGGUAUUUCCAGUGA